CGCGUGACUUUUUGCGCUCACAUCACACCGAGCGGCGGCGCGUUCCGGUGCUUCCGGCGUUGACGCGCGCAGACUUGACAGACUGAGGGAGCGCGAGGCGGGAAGUGCCCACAAAUCCGGUCCAAAUAACCAGACCUGCGCCUCCUGAUGAAUGACUCUCCUCUUAUUUCAAGAAUGAUGUGAAGAUCGCAGAACAAGGAAGAAGCCACCCCCCCCAGUUCAACUCCUUCAGCGGGACCCUUCUCCUUACCGACAAUCCCAGGUGUUUCGACUGAGAUUAGUAUUUAUCAGAGCCCAAUGGGAACGUGCUUGGAUAAAAGAUGGACUUAUUGGUGCUUGGCUAAAGGUUGCAGACCUCCAUUUGUGUCAUGGCCCCUGGCACUGUGGCUUCUGACUCUAAUUUCUGUACAUCACAACAUGACUGUUGGACAGACUCUGAGCACAUUCCAGUCAGAGAGGAAUGAAUGGCCCCUGAACCAUCUGACUGUGCAUCAGUCCACAGGAGAUCUAUACGUCGGCGCCAUUAACCGAAUCUACAAGUUGUCAUCCAACCUCACACUUCUGGUGUCCCACGAUACAGGACCAGAAUAUGACAACAAAGCCUGUUAUCCUCCUCUGAUUGUCCAGCCAUGCUCCGAGCCUCUGGCCUCAACGGACAACGUUAACAAACUGUUGCUCAUCGAUUACUCUCAUAAUCGGUUGCUGGCCUGUGGAAGCCUCUACCAGGGCAUCUGUAAGCUGAUGAGGCUGGAUGAUUUAUUCAUCCUGGUGGAGCCAACGCAUAAGAAAGAACAUUACCUCUCCAGUGACAACCAGACAGGGACAAUGUAUGGGGUUGUUGUUCCAUCACAGGGUCAGGAUGCCACUCUGUAUAUAGGUACUGCUGUUGGAGGUAAACAGGACUAUUUCCCAACAAUCUCCAGCCGUAAACUACCUCGUGAUCCUGAAUCCUCUGCAAUGCUGGACUAUGAGCUUCACACUGACUUUGUUUCUUCUCUAAUCAAAAUCCCCUCAGACACACUGGCUCUUGUUCCACACUUUGAUAUUUACUACAUCUACGGCUUUGCUAGUGGCAGCUUUGUCUACUUCAUGACCGUCCAGCCGGAGACACCAGAGAAUGGAAUACCUGCUGGCACCUCCCCGGGAGACUUGUUUUACACCUCACGCAUCAUCCGCCUCUGCAAAGGCGACAGGAAGUUCCAUUCCUAUGUGUCACUUCCUGUGGGUUGCAUACACAGAGGAGAGGAGUAUCGUCUGCUGCAGGCAGCCUUCCUGUCCAAGGCCGGCAGGGCCCUGGCGAAGUCGCUCAACAUCAGCACCCAGGAUGACCUGCUGUUCACAGUGUUCUCCAAAGGGCAGAAGCAGUACCAUGACCCUCCGGAUCACUCCGCCCUCUGCGUCUUCACCAUUCAAGACAUCAACGCUCGCAUCAAGGAACGGCUGCAGUCGUGCUACCAAGGAGAGGGAAACCUGGAGCUGCACUGGCUGCUGGGAAAGGAUGUGCAAUGCACCAAAGCGCCUGUUCCCAUUGACGAUCACUUCUGCGGACUGGACAUUAAUCAGCCGCUGGGGGGGUCCCAGCUGGUGUCUGGUCAGACUGUGUACACUGAGAACAGGGACAGGCUGACCUCUGUGACCUCCUACGUCUACGGUGGACACAGCGUGGUCUUCAUCGGCACCAGAAGCGGGCAGUUGAAGAAGAUCAGGGUGGACGGCCCUCUGGAGGGCGGAGUGCUGUACGAGACAGUGACUGUGAUGAAGGACAGCAGGUCCAUCCUCCGGGAUAUGGCCUUCUCCCUGGACAGGAACUCUCUCUAUGUCAUGUCUGACAAUCAGGUGGCCCAGGUCCCGAUGGAGGACUGCGAGCAGUACGGUACGUGUGCAGAAUGCCUCAGCUCGGGCGAUCCCCACUGUGGCUGGUGUGUCCUGUUUAACACGUGCUCCAGAAGGGAUCGAUGUCACAGGGUGGAGGAGGCUUUUCGAUUUGCCACUGACAUUGACCGCUGUGUGAAGGUUAUCGCUCACCCAGACAGCAUCGCUGUCUCAGCACAUAGUGUCCCCAUUUUACUUGAGGUGAAUAAUGUUCCAGAUCUUUCUGCUGGAAUCUCCUGCUCCUUUGGGCAGCAGGCCCAAGCUGAUGGUCAUGUCAAUGGGAACAGAGUUAUGUGUCUGUCUCCAGCCGGGAAGGAGGUACCUCAGAUACCACGAGGACAAGACUGGGCUGGCGUCGAGCUUCGGCUGAAUUCAAAGGAGACGGGUCAAAUGGUCGCCAGCACAGAAGUGAAGUUCUAUAACUGCAGCACCCAUCAAACGUGUCUGUCCUGCGUAAACAGUACUUUCCGCUGUUACUGGUGUAAAUACCGGAACCUGUGCACCCACGACCCGAGCAGCUGUUCUUUCCAGGAGGGCAGAGUCAACGCCUCAGAGGAGUGUCCUCAGCUCCUCCACUCGGGGGAGAUGCUCAUUCCGGCCGGUGAGGUCCGCCCUAUCACACUGAGAGCCCGAAACCUUCCCCAGCCACAGUCAGGCCAGCGGGGCUACGAGUGUGUGGUGCACGUGCAAGGUGUCAGCCACCGUGUCACGGCGCUGCGCUUCAACAGCACCAACGUGCAGUGUCAGAACAGCUCGUACACGUACGAGGGUGUGAAGAUCAGUGACCUGGCAGUGGACCUCUCCAUCGUAUGGAACGGCAAUUUCAUCAUUGACAAUCCAGAGAAGAUUAAAGUGCACCUUUACAAAUGCAGUGCACAGCGGGACAGCUGUGGCAUGUGUCUGCGGGCGGAGAGAAAGUUCCAUUGUGGCUGGUGCAGCAGCGAGGGUCGAUGUACCAUGAAACAACAUUGCCCUCCCAUCUCACCCUACGCUAGCCGCUGGCUCGACCUUUCUACCAGGAAUGUGAAGUGCACUAAUCCACGCAUUACUGAGGUAAGCCCAGUGGCAGGACCUGUGGAGGGGGGCACACUGGUCACCAUUCAAGGCCUGAACCUGGGUCUGUCCUUCUCUGAGCUGGAAGGCAACGUGGAGGUGGCAGGAGUGCAGUGCACCCCACAGGAGGAAGGAUACAUCACUGCAGAACAGAUUGUGUGCCAGAUGGCUGCUGCACCCAAAAACAGCGCACCGGGUCCAGUUAAACUAUGCGUUGGUGAAUGUAGACCAGAACUACGCGCUCAGUCCUCACAGCUCUACUCGUUUGUGACGCCUUCAAUACUGGCGUUGACCCCAGCCAGAGGACCUGAAUCUGGGGGAACUAAAGUCACCAUUGUUGGGGAGAAUCUUAGUGCUGGCAGUGCUGUUAAUGUGUAUUUUGGCAAUCAGACCUGUGAGUUGUACAGGAGAACCAUGUCAGAGAUUGUGUGCUUCUCUGCGCCAUCUGUGACGGGAGCGGGACCAGUGCAGGUACGUUUGAGUGCAGAUCGCGCCAAGGUUCCUGGGAGUCUGGCCUUCGAGUACAUAGAAGAUCCCACGGUCCAGCGCAUUGAACCUCUGUGGAGCAUUACCAGUGGACACACAACGCUGACAGUGACUGGCACCAACCUGGAUGUGGUCCAGGAGCCACGGGUCAGAAUCAAAUAUGCCGGCCAUGAAUCUGUCAACGUGUGCAAAGUGCUGAACACGACUACCAUCAGCUGCUUUGCUCCAUCACUGAAGUCAGAGUACAGCGCAGACCAGGAGACAAUCAAACACGUGGAUGAGUUUGGCUUUGUCUUCAACAACGUCCAAGCCCUACUCACGUACAACAACACAAGCUUUGUAUACUACCCAAACCCGUACUUGGAGCCACUCAGCCUAUCAGGUGUUCUGGAGCAGAAACCUGGAGCUCCCAUCAUCCUCAAAGGACGUAACCUGGUGCCGUCUGCUUCUGGUGGAGCCAGGCUGAACUACACUGUGCUGAUUGGAGAUACGCCAUGUUCCCUUACCGUGUCCGACACACAGUUACUCUGUGAGCCGCCCAACCUCACCGGCCAGCACAAAGUCCUGGUCCAAGUGGGUGGUCUUCACAUCUCUCCAGGAGAAGUUCACAUCCGGUCGGACAGCCUGCUCACCCUCCCUGCCAUCUUCAGCAUCACCGCUGGAGGAGGGCUGCUCCUCAUCAUCGUUAUUAUUGUGCUACUCGCCUACAGGCAGAAGUCACACGAGAAUGAUCUCACACUGAAGCGCCUGCAGAUGCAGAUGGACAAUCUGGAGUCCCGGGUGGCGCUGGAGUGCAAGGAAGCGUUUGCAGAACUGCAGACGGACAUCAAUGAACUAACAAGUGAUCUGGACAGAGCUGGCAUACCCUACCUGGACUAUCGCACUUAUGCUAUGAGGGUUCUUUUCCCUGGCAUAGAUGACCACCCUGUACUCAGAGAGCUGGAGGUGCCUGGAAGUGGACAGGCCGCCGUGGAGAAAGCCUUGAAGCAGUUUGCUCAGCUGGUGAAUAAUAAGGUUUUCCUGCUGACGUUCAUCCGCACACUGGAGCUGCAGCGCUCCUUCUCCAUGCGUGACCGUGGGUACGUGGCGUCGCUUAUCAUGACGGCUCUGCAGGGACGGCUGGAAUAUGCGACUGACAUCCUCAAACACCUGCUGUCAGACCUUAUAGAACGCAACCUGGAGAGCAAAAACCACCCCAAACUACUACUGCGCAGAACAGAGUCAGUGGCAGAGAAGAUGCUGACAAACUGGUUUGCUUUCUUGCUCCACAAAUUCCUUAAGGAGUGUGCUGGUGAGCCGCUCUUUAUGCUGUUUUGUGCCAUCAAACAGCAAAUGGAAAAGGGGCCCAUAGACGCCAUCACUGGAGAGGCACGCUAUUCCCUCAGCGAGGACAAACUCAUCCGGCAACAGAUUGAAUACAAGACCCUGACGCUGAGCUGUGUGAACCCAGAAAAUGAGAACAGCCCAGAAAUCCCUGUCAAGGUGCUCAACUGUGACACUGUUACCCAGGUAAAGGAGAAGAUUCUGGAUGCAGUGUACAAGAACGUGCCCUGCUCACAACGGCCACGGGCUGCAGACAUGGAUCUAGAGUGGCGACAGGGCAGGACUGCGCGUGUGGUCCUCCAGGACGAGGACAUCACCACAAAGAUAGAGAAUGACUGGAAGAGGCUCAACACGCUGUUGCACUACCAGCUGUCUGAAUGUUGUGUUGUGGCCUUGGUGCAGAAACAGAUGUCGUCCUUCAACAUUCCUACCUCUGCCAGCUUCCCACGCAGCAUCAGCAGAUACGGUGUAGACGUCCCCUUCCGCUCCGUGCCCACCAGCCCAGACAGCCCCCACUCCUGUGUGCCCAUGCUGACCCCUGACCUGGAGAGUGGAGUUAAAGUUUGGCAUUUAGUGAAAAACCACGACCAUGGGGACCAGAAGGAAGGGGAGCGUGGCAGCAAGAUGGUGUCUGAGAUCUACCUGACCAGGCUGUUAGCAACUAAGGGCACGCUGCAGAAGUUUGUGGACGACCUGUUUGAAACUCUGUUCAGCACCGUAUGUCGAGGCACCGCUCUGCCUCUCGCCAUCAAAUACAUGUUUGACUUCUUGGACGAACAGGCUGACAAACACGGCAUCAAUGACAUGGAUGUUCGACACACCUGGAAGAGCAACUGCCUGCCAUUGCGCUUCUGGGUAAAUGUGAUCAAGAACCCUCAGUUUGUUUUUGACAUCCAUAAAAGCAGCAUCACAGACGCCUGUCUGUCUGUAGUGGCCCAAACCUUUAUGGACUCUUGUUCAACGUCUGAGCACCGUUUGGGCAAAGACUCGCCCUCCACCAAACUCCUCUAUGCUAAGGACAUACCGCAUUACAAAAGCUGGGUAGAAAGGUACUACGCUGACAUCAACCGCCUUCCUGCCAUCAGCGAUCAGGAUAUGAAUGCCUAUCUGGCUGAACAGGCCCGCCUUCACUCCAGUGAAUUCAACGUACUCAGUGCCCUCCACGAGAUCUAUGCCUAUGUCAGCAAGUACAGCCAAGAGAUCACUGAGGCACUGGAGCAGGAUGAACAGGCUCAGAAGCAGAAACUGGCUUAUAAAGUGGAGCAGAUAAUCUCAGCCAUGUCCUCAGAGAGCUGA